UUUGUCUCAGUCUCACAUCGCUUCCAUUUGGCAUUUCGUUUUGCUUGGUGCUUGCUUUGCGCUGCGCUGCUCUCGUUCGCUUUGUACUUGGUACAUGCUUCCUCCCUUCCUCGCUCCUCCCUCCCUCCUUCCUCACAACAACAACAAAAAAACAACUAGUCCCUUCCACCACUUCCACUUCCCACCCCCUAGAUUUCUUCUGCUUUCGUCCUCUCCUACACCCUCCAUCUCACUUCACCACCACCACGACCACCACCACCACCACCACUACCACCCAACUAACACCUCUUUCUUUGUCACCACCCUCUCCCUACACGCCUUGGGUAGCGAGUCCGCACCCAUUCCAGUCAUUUCUGAAAGCCCUCAAAUCAAGGAUCAAGAAUCCUCAGUGUGCACACCCCUCCCCAAAAAAAGAAUACUGCAACACACACUAGACAUUCUCACCCUGAGCACACGUCCACCACGCCACAUACACCAACACAAAAUAUAGUUGGAUUGGAAUAGACAGGCGAGAAGUCUUCGCGAGACACGGCACCGAGGUGAGUUGCACGCGCCCGCCUUGCAGCGACACAAACAUUACACACCUUCUUGAGGUGGCUACCCGUGCUGCCUCGAGACAUUCUUUCACAACGUUCGAAGGAGCUGGUUGUACAAGCUGUGUGCUCCCGCUUCUUGAAUCCACGAGAUCAAGAGCCGUGCAACUGCGGUGCUUGUUUGUUAACAGGACCCUAUACUGAUAUCUAUCGCUCUUAGACGGUUUCCUUUGCCGACUGCAAGACGGAGCAACACUCAUUUCUGGGCUGUAUAUCAAUUCUAGUCCCGAAAUCACUCGAUCACGCCAAAAGUGGGCCGUAGGUCUGGGAGGAACAGGAACAAUCCAAAAUGGAACCAGAUUCUGGAAGGGGAAGGGGGAAUAGCAACAGCAUCGCCCCAGCAAAUGGAAGAACCGGAAUAUCGUCAAAUAACGAAGGAGCCUCUCGAGAUGCACCACCAAAUCGCUCUCAAUCCCCGGAUAGUAAUCAAGGAGAACCUAUGGCCACGCCGGAAGAGGAAUCAAAACGCCAGUUAGACAUUAUGGGUGACGCUGUAGAUCAGUCGUAUGGAAUCAAGGGACAGAACGAGUCGAAUCAGAUUUUUGGCGGCAGCCCUCCUCGAGAUCCCAGAUUAUUUCCGUCCACUUCAAAUACCGAGAAGCCAUCCAAGCCAAAUAACACCCUCGAGCCUCCCGUCACCAAAACAACUCUCAGUGAAUUGGACGUCAACAAGAUAGUCCAUAACCCACGUCUUCGACACGAUAUCAAUUUUGAUCCCGAUUUGCAUUUCAGGCCUAAUUUGGAUGGGGAAAAGGGGCGGAAGAAGACGCAAAAAUCGAGCCAGUUUUGGGAUACUAUGCGAGAACAACUUUUAAUGUACCUCACCAGGCGUGAGGAAUUCGAAGCACAAAUCGGGAACGACGACUGGUCACUUCCAUCAGUGCUUAAUGCCAUUCGUGGGAUUCUCGAGACUCUAGUACCCCAGCGUGAUCGUGCAUCAGUUGAGGAAACAUUCAACGUUGAAUUGCUAAUGCAACAGUUCCGAAUGGGGGUUGCGGAUCUCGUGAAGCUGGCAACAUGGCUCUCGCAACUUCUCAAAUGUCACUGUGCUCCGAUGAGAGAUGAUUGGGUUGAUGAAAUGGUUACCCAGCUCAGCAACGGUGAUCGCAAUGGUGAUGUGACGUUGCUAGUGGCCGGCAUGCAGAAUUUGCUUGGUGUAUUGGAAGCCAUGAAACUUGUGAGCGGGUAAUGAUCACUUUACCAAAGUUCGUACUGAUAUUUCUAUAGGAUGUUGCCAAUCAUCAAAUUCGUUGCCUACGGCCUCUCUUGAUCGAGGAUACAGUUCAUUUUGAGCAGAAGUAUUUCAUGAAGAAGAUUGCUAUGCGAAAGCUUGAACUGGCUGAAUCACACGCCUGGUAUGGACGUGCUAGUUGUUUACCAGAUGUUAUUCCAUUGGAUUCCUCGAUGCAAUCACAGGUGCCAACUUGGAAUUUCAUGAAAGCACUCGUGGCUCUCACAUUACCAUCACGAGGAGAGGCAAUACCGCAGACCUUUGCAUUUGACGAAGAUCGUAUGGUCAAAUUUCGUACUGACAUGCAAGAUUUGAUCAAUUUUGAAAUCUGCAUGUUCAUGUACCGAGGCUUGGAGACUCAAAAUCGACAAGAAGCCAGAAUCGCGAGGGAGGAUACUCCAAACAUGUCUGCGACUUCAUCUCCUUUCUUCCGACCUGCGUCGCCUGCAGACAAUACUAUGCUUUCGUCACCUACAAUCCCAUCACCACACCAUUUUACAUCCCGAACGAAACUUGCAGCCCAGGAACGGGGCCAUUUCAUUCGCACGUUAACAGGUCGACAAAUCUGGAUUCCUAACGUGGAAGAUGAUAUGGCGAUGUCCUCAGCCGAUUCGAGUCCAAAUUCUUCACCGACUUCCAUUGCAUCUGAUUCUGAAUUGCAUAUCCCUACGCCAUUUUAUCUCUCAGUACCUGUUUCCGAUACCUCAAUCCAAGCCCGUACUUCUCUGCAGGCCAUACUUGCAUCCGUGACCACCGCCGAUAAGUGGAAUACUCUACAUCCAGCAUUGGCAUUGGAAAUUCUGCGCUUGACGAAUACAUCACUCACACGACUACCACAGUUUGAAUCACAUCUAGCAUUCCACAUCUCAAAUCCUAGCUCACGAUAUUACCAGGAGGCAGAGCAACGCGUUUUAUCUCAACUAUUUCCGGUUCUUCAGAAGCUUGUGACGGCAUACACACCAUUGACAAGCGUACAAAUCUUUGAUGCCGCGGUUGGACCCAAAUCUGGUCCUGGAAAUUCACAAACACAAGCUGCUGGUGCCAAGGCAGAAAUUGACGAAGUUGCAACAAGAAUCGCCCACAUGGGUAUUCUGCACUGGAGAGUUUGGGCUCCAUUGGCCUACUUGGUUAAUCCAGACGCGGAAGAACAGACUGAUAUGAACACCAUAUCAUGAGUUUGAAAUUUGAAGCUGGGUCUAUCUGAUUAGAGUCAAAGCCUAUGCCGGUCUAACUCUCGGUUAGCCUCAGCAUACGUUGGGCUUCAAGGGCUGGAUGUUGGGCAUGUCUAGAUUGGACCGCCACCCCUAUUUCAUUUGUUUACUUUUUUUUUGUUUUGCAUCUUGCAUCUGAGGUUUUCGUCUUGCCAGCCUGCUUUUUCCAUAGAUACCCAUCCGACCGCCUUGUGGAGGACGCACAUAUUGUAGUAUAGAUUGGGAAGAAAAAUUGUCCUGUUGUGUUCUUUUUUUUUGUUACGGAGAGGCGCAUGAAUUUGGAAUUGGUGGGGAUUGGAAUGGGGGCAAACAUUGGAAAGAGAGAAGCUCUUCUCUUUUGCCCCUGACUCAAAAUGAUAGACAUUUUUUGGGCAGAAAACCUCAUUUCUUUAUUCUCUCUCUCUCGCUUUUGUUGGCUGUACUAUCUUUUUUCUCUUCUAGAUAUAUAGAUGGGGAUGGGGGGAUGGAGCUACCACCACCACCUGGAGGGCUCCUGGGCAACACAUUUAUCAACUUUUUUUUUUGUUUUGUUAUCGAAUUGAAUUGGCUGGCAUGUUUUUGGGGCGCAAGAUUGGGAAUGGGUGGAACCUGAAUCCUUUUCUUUUGUAUUGUACUGUGUCCGUCUUUUUUUAGCGUUUGACAUUUGUGGGAGUUUUUUAGUUUUUUUUUGUUUAUGAUGGGGGGGAGGAAGGAGGGGGUAUGAGUUGUGUGUUUUAGCUUUGGUUUUGGGUUUUGGUUUAUAGUAGGUUAGGUUAGCUUAAUUAGAUGAGAUGGGUAUUGAGUAUUGGCUUAUCUUGACGGUUUUUGAUGGUUGUUGUUUUUUUGUGAGGGUGUUUUAAGGUGUUAGAGAGGGAGAGUGGAGGGAUGGACUUUUUGGGGGAUUGUUUUGUGAUUGGUUUGAGUGAGUGAUUGAUUAAGUGAUGGAGCUUGACUAUCGUGGAGAAGUAGGAGAAUCGGGUUUGGGUUCUUACUAGGCAGUUCGGUACUUGAGUUAGAGAAGUACUACUGUAGUAGGGAGUAGGGAUGGGAAGGUUAUACUUGUAUAGUAGUAGCGUGUUAAAUGAGUAGAGUAGAGUAGAGGCACCGAGUUGAGUUAAGUUUACUUAAUAGCUUUUAGCCCUACUCUAAUCUACUCUAACACACUCGCUAAGAAUUAAGUACUAUAGGUUAGAGUACUACUUAAUAGUAGGGAGAGGGAGAGAGAGUCGGUACGGGGUUCUCCGGCUAGCUAGCUAGCUUUGGUUUAGCUGAGCGAGUCGAGUAGGUACUAGCACUUGUAAAUACCGUACGGAGUAAAGCUAUUUUAUUCUGUCUUAUUUGGCUUUUUAGUACGGAGUGAGGAAAUGUG